ACGUGAUCACUGAUCACUUAAUUUGCUAGCUGCACACACAGGUGGCUCUGACUCUCAGAUCCCCUUCCUCCUCUCGCGAGAGCGCACCAGCUAUGGCGUCGGUGGGGGCGCCGCCGCCUUGGAGCAGGUUGGAUGGCCAGGUGGUGCUGGUGACGGGCGCCUCCUCCGGCAUCGGCCGCGACUUCUGCCUGGACCUGGCGCGCGCCGGCUGCCGCGUCGUCGCCGCCGCCCGCCGCGCCGACCGCCUCCGCUCGCUCUGCGACGAGAUCAACGCCUCCGCGGCCGCCGACGGGCCCCGCGCGGUGGCCGUGGAGCUUGACGUCGCCGCCGGGGGCUCGGCCCUGGAGGCGGCGGUGCAGAGGGCCUGGGACGCCUUCGGCCGCAUCGACGUCUUGAUCAACAACGCCGGCAUCCGAGGUGCAGUGCAUUCUCCCCUUGAUUGGCCUGAGGAUGAGUGGGACAAGCUCAUCAAGACGAACCUUACCGGAUUAUGGCUUGUGGCCAAACAUGUCUGUCGACGCAUGCAUGAAGCUAAGCUAAAGGGUUCGGUUAUUAACAUUUCGUCUAUUGCUGGUCUUAACCAUGGCCAUCUGCCUGGCUCCAUUGGCUACGCGUCGUCCAAGUCUGCUGUGCAUUCUGCCACAAAGAUAAUGGCUUUGGAAUUGGGAGCAUAUGGCAUUAGAGUGAACGCAAUUGCGCCGGGAUUGUUCAAAUCAGAGAUAACUGCUCCUCUGAUGCAAAAGAGAUGGUUGAACACUGUGGCUUCAAGGAUAGUGCCGCUUAAGGAACAUGGCACUACUGAUCCAGCAUUGACAUCGCUGGUUCGUUUCCUGAUUCAUGAAGCAUCGUCAUAUGUGACUGGCAACAUCUUCGUUGUAGAUUCAGGUGUCACCAUACCCGGUGUUCCAAUAUUCUCCUCUCUGUAAAUUUUCAUCUGAGGUUUAUAUUACUGUAGCUAUGUUACAUAUGAUUGCAUAAAGCAAUCAGUUAAAGACUCCGUGAAGGAAGCCGGCACUUAUGUAUAGUUGAUUUCUGACGGUAUUAUUCAUCAGUUCUACUUUCCACUA